CAGAAUAAUCAGACUGAGGACGAAUAAGAGGGGAGAUUGAGGCGCAUAUAGAGGAUUUUAGCCACUGGGGGAAAAAAAAAAGAGGGAGCGUUCAUCAAAUCCACAAAAGAAGAAAAGGAAUAUUGCCCAAGAGAAGCGAAAAUGGAUCCACACAGCAGCAUGCAGACACAGACUGAGAAUGUACUGAUCACAGACAGCGAUCUCUCCGAGCAAAUCAAGUCAGUGACCAAAGACAGCCACGUCAGGGCCGAGAAUACAGAGCUGAUGCUGAGUUACCAGCGGGGACAAGUGUCCCUGGAACAGUAUAAGCUUCUCCUCUGUUCACUGUAUAAGAUCUAUGAAGCCUUGGAAGAGGCACUGGACAGCAAUGCCUCCCAUGCAAGUGUAGCCCCUAUUUACUUUCCUCAAGAACUGGCCAGAUUAGAAUCCAUCCAGAAGGAUUUAGAGCACUUCUAUGGUCAGGAUUGGCACGAGAAGAUUGUUGUACCUGCAGCUACGCUGAGAUACGCACAGAGACUCAGAGAGGUCGGUUCAGAACACCCAGAAUAUCUCGUUGCUCAUGCUUAUACCCGUUACUUGGGUGACCUGUCUGGCGGGCAGGUGUUGGGUCGCAUUACCCAGAAGUCUCUGGGACUUAAGGACGGGAAGGGUUUGUCUUUCUUCUCGUUUCCCAGUGUUACCAGCGCCAAUCGCUUUAAGCAGCUGUACAGGAGCCGAAUGAACAGCAUCGAGCUGUCGGAGAAAGAGAGGGAGGGCGUUCUGAACGAGGCCGUAACGGCUUUUGAGUUUAAUAUCGAGGUAUUUGAUGAACUUCAGACCAUGCUAAGAGUUACAGAUAAGGAGGGUGAACUGAGACAUAGACACAUACCUCACAAGCAGAAACCAAUGAAAAACGAGGGCAUGAUGGAUGAAACCCUGCAGAUCUCCAAAUCAAUCAUGUCUCCUACCCCUUUGUUAAGAAUGUUGCUUGGAGUGUUUGUGGCACUAGCUGUUGGAAUGGGAAUCUAUGCAUUUUAAACAACAGUUUAAUCCAUGUUUUUUCUUCUUCUUUUUUUUUAGUUCAAAUCUGGUUUCUUUUUUUUUUCCUUCAGAUGAUCAGAUCUCAUAGGAAUUGUGACAUCAUAGUAAAUUGUUACAGCAGAAGAUCCAAUAAGAAAAAAAAAAUUAUAUUUAAUUACAACCCAGCAUUUCCUUUGUAACAUGUAGCCCUGUCCCAGAUAGACCACAGAUGUAGUGCGCAUUUCACUAUACAAAUAUCUCAGCAAUACUUUUUUUUUUUUUCCUUUUUGUUUUUGAUUUGUAAAAUAAGUUGUAAUAUCAACACUAUUGGUAAUUUGCGUUACCUAAAUUCCUCUGAAUGCAAUGCAAUGGUAAAAAUGCAAUGGCAAAUACUUGUAAAUGGCUCUUAACUCUCUUAUUCUAUUUUUACAGCAUAUUGAAAGAUGUAUAUUUUGUAUAUUUUGUAAUAAAACUAUAAAAUAUUUGUUAA